UAUUUACGCAAGUCCAUCACUACAAUUUACCAAACGCUGUCUGUAAGGGCUCCUUAAACUUCAUCUUUGCUAAACAUAGCUGAGUAGUGAGUCAGUAGAAGCACCUGCUGCAGCACAUUUUGCUUUGAGGAUACCAUUGUGGGCUUGGGCCAUGGUCUCCAAGGUUCUUCAACUAACCCUAGUACUUGGCAUCGUCGCAGUGACAGGCAUCGUAGGCGCUAGCGAAAGAAAUAUUACACUGUCAGGCCCCGAGAUCCAACUAUUGAAGCUAGGUCAAAAUCCCGAACUUCUCGAAUUUGCUGCUUUGACUUUGGAGUCAGUAAUAAUUGUAAUUGAUGAUCCUAUAGUUCUUGCUGUUGUACAAGAGAAUGUCAAUGCCAAUUUCUGGUGCCUGCCUUGGCUGCAGAGGUUUCCUGGAGGAUCGAUCCGAUGGUUGUUCCAGAGUAAAGAUAUAUUCACUGGAGAGUCUCAUCCAGGAGCCACUCUUAAUCAGAUACUUUCUGAACAGAGUCAGCAAAUCGGUGGAGAAUUUAAUGAAUGGCUCAAUAUAACGACAACGUUCGGUGUAGGCGCUUCAUUAACUUCCAACGGCUUGUACAUUUGUGAAGUUUGCGUUUCCCGUGGUACAGAAUUUAAAGAGUGUCAUUUGGCUAAUACCUCCCUGCAAGUUAUUGGAGGUCCUCCUAUUCUUAACGUUGCUACUGACAACAAUCCUUUUAGUAUAGCUGGUACAACGGAACUCACAGCUGAUAUCGAGUACAAGAUAGGAUCUGAUUUUUGCAUUGACCCAAACUUCCGAGGAACUGUUACUGUUCUCUGCCAAAUAGUCAAUGCUGAAUCAGACAAUGUCCUGAAUGUAUCACGAGCCUUUCCUGUUCCAUUCCGUUCAUGGUCACUCGAUGGGGACUUACUCUACUCAGAAUUAAAUACCGCUUCUCCAAACAUUAUGGAUAACAUAGACUUUUUUUCUACGUCUGUGCAACGUAUGGUGUUGAUGUCACAAUAUUUCUUUCCGGUACCGAUACUUACAACUCCAACUGUGGGUCGUCGGCAGGGUGCAAUUCAAUUGGACUUUCAACUGUUUAAUGCAACAUUUGCUCCUUUAUUUGACUCUCUUGAGGCAGCAAGGAGGGCAGCUUACCGGGCUGUGGUCGGAGCUUGGACUUGUUGGGCAAACAACACAUUUGGAUCAGACAUGGCAACUUCAAACGUCAGAAUUUGUGCCGUUCGGGUGUGCUCUCCCACUGAGUUAUCACGGAUUGGUGAUGUUGUCCCUGUUGGGUGUACUGUUUGCAUUCCAGAAGGACAUGUCGUAACGUUGAACUGCACCAGACGGAGUACCUUUGAGGUAUCAGUUUACGAGUGGCGGAAUGGUGCUGGUAUAGUCGUGUCCACGUCACCUCUGCUCAUUUCUGGCGCUAACGACAGCUACACUUGUAACACUACAUACUUGGACCAUUCUUCAGAAACCGUUGCCUCCGUGAUUGCCUACAGAGAUGCUGUCACUUUCACUGCUCGAACUGCUGAUGAAUUUUUCUCUGCACCCCUGAUAUACGAUGGCUGCUCUAGGUUGAACAACCAGGUGGGACUUGAGAAUAUAGCUGUCUGUGCAUUUGUUGGGGAGACACUUGAACUAAACUGCACUACUGAUGACAAUAUGGUUCCGUUAGAAAUCACAGCUCCUGAUGGGAGUAUGGCCACUGGAUCACUGAUUGUGUCGAGUGUGGACAUAGGUGACGAAGGAACUUACAGCUGUCGACUGAGCAAUGAUCCAGGUCCUUGUGGGCUAUCAACUGAGCAGAGAGAAGUGCGAGUAUUCAGUUACUAUGUCCCUGAAUCAAUUAACCAUACUGCUAUCACUAGCAGCCUCAUUUCCUUGCGUGCAGUGGAAAUCACAUUCAUCAUUCCAGCAGAAAAUAAUAUCCCUAUAGCUGAGUAUCGCUACAUCCUUUGCAGGAAUGACUGUGCUAAUUCCACAAUUUCCACUGUAAGCACAGUGUCUAGGGGCAACAACAUGCUUAGCUUCACUAUCAGACAACUGAUUCCAAACAGUCAGUAUAUUUUGAGGGUGUAUGCUGUGAAUGAGUUCACAGGCGGCACUACUCCUGUUGAUGACGCUGAUGCUCACAUUUUCAAUUCAGCAACUAAAGCUGAUGGAAGACCAGUUAACCUGAUAGUUUCCUUAUCUAUUGACACUCAUCUGGUAUUGUCAUGGACACUCCCAGCACUUGCAACACAACCUGACGUCAUCGUCAUGGAUUUCAACAUCAGUUGGGGGAGGACUGGAGACCCAUCGUCUAGUGAUCUUCUACCAUUCAGUCCCAGUACACCACAGCAAAGAUUCGCUAUACCCUCCAUCCUUGAACCUUCCACUCGCUACACAAUUGAAGUUAUUGCUUACUACUCUGUUCCUUUCCUUAUCAGUGAUGGUGCUGCUAUCAUUGGAACAACACUGCCAAAUGAUCAAGUACGUACUACUACUUGUCCACCUGGUCGUGACUCCAUCUGGGAUGUCGAAUGGCCUGAAACUGGAAGAAAUGUGACUGUACAAGGAAUAUGUCCUCAUCAGCUAGGCACAGACGUUAGCGGACAAGCCACUCGCUACUGUAACAGUGAAGGUGUAUGGGCUGACCCUGAUGUACUACAAUGUAAAAACAUGGAGUUUGUUAGUAUUCUUGAGCAGGUAACCAGUACUUCAAGCGAGGAGCUAGUAGAGCAAGCAGCUAAUCUCACCAUGCAACUGGCCGCCAUAACUCAGCCAAACGCGAUCUCAUUGCUUCCCUCCUCCCUAAAUGCCACCAAUCAAGUGCUAAGUCUGGUGAUCAGUGCACUACAAGAGGAGUCCACCACCACGGACGCUAAUGAGCUUAUAGUGGAUGUUCUGAACAAUGUGUUGGAGAUAAACAACUCCCACGGAUGGAAUGACUUACAGUCUACUGAUGCAGGAAGUCAAGUGUUGCUGGACAAUGCUGAGAGACUGGGUGUUCUGUUGGCUAGGUCACAGAAUGCUAAUGGAACCAUUGAGCCAGUUAGAGUGUCCAGGCCUAACAUUGCCAUUUCUUCAAGUUUGAGCAACAUCUCCAAAGACAUCACGGAAGACAUCACUUUUCCUCAAAUAGAAGAUUUGGUCAAUUACACAAACUCAUCCACUCUGGUACCUGCCGCUAUUCGGAUAUCCUCAGCAUUGUUGGCAGAAAGACUGGACGAACAAAAAAACACUGCUAUCCCAAUUGUUUUCAUUCUCUUCCAAAACCUUGGCUCGUUUCUGCCUACCCCCACUGGUGGUCUCAGUAAUACCAUCCAGGGGGCAUCAGUUGUCAUCUCAUCUCAGGUAGGGGAGCAGGGGAAUGGUCCACCCUCCCAGACACUCCAACAAUCCCCUUUGUCUCUCAACUUCACUUUCAAUGAAGUUGAAAAUCCAGAAAAUUAUCGCUGCGUGUUCUGGAACUUCUCUGAGCCAGUUGGCAAUGGUGGCUGGAUCAGUGAUGGAGUAUCAACUAUCGACAAUGCUACUGAGGGAUCCACAACUACUGUUCAGUGUUCUAGUACUCAUCUCACUAGCUUUGCUGUCUUAGUGGAUCUGGGAGGACCAAAGAAUAGUUCUCUUGUUGAACGCAAAAUUCUUGAUGUUGUUUCCUAUGCCGGCUGCUCUAUCUCUGUGGUCUGUCUCAUAGUAGCUGUCAUCUUUUUCCUUGCUCAAGGAAAACAACUCUUCAAUAAAGUCCACUACUUUGUUCAUCUCAACUUCUCCAUUUCUUUGUUAUUGGCUUUCUUAGUGUUUAUUGUUGGAAUUGACACUGCAGUUGGAAAUAGGGUUGGCUGUGCCUUUGUGACUGCCCUCCUUCAUUACCUAUUCCUGGCAGUGUUCUGUUGGAUGUUGUGUGAGGGAGUCAUGCUCUAUCUAUUGUUGGUGGCCGUGUUCAGUGCAGUAACAAGGAAGUGGUGGUUUUUUCUUAUGCUUGGAUACUUACUUCCCCUGCCCUUUGUGUUAGUCACUGUGGCCGUUAGGUGGCGCUACUAUGGUAUAGCAGAAACUGAACAAUCAGAAUUCUGCUGGUUGACAACUCGGGAUGGGACAAUCUUUGGUUUUGUUGCUCCAAUGCUGGCAGUUAUUGUGAUCAACAUCGUUUUUUUGGUAUUCGUUUUGAAGUCGCUUUGGAAGAACAAAAAAAGUGCUGCUAAGCGAAUGGAAAAGGAGGAGAGUAAUUUUGAACUUGUCAAGUCUCUACUGCAGGGCGUAGUUGUUCUCCAGCCCCUGCUGGGCCUCACAUGGGCAUUUGGACUGCUCACACUCGUCAGAAACACUUCAGCUUUCGUCUGGAUAUUCACCAUCCUCAAUUCACUCCAGGGAGUGGCUGUUUUGUUCUUCCAUGUUAUAAGGAAUGAUCAGGUGAAGCAAAAGAUCAACUACUGGUGCAUGAAGUUGUUCCGUCCUUCUACAAUUUCAAGAUAUGAUAAUACUGGAAUGUCUAACCUUACAAGUGAAAGCUCAAAAGACACAAGCACCCUAAAAUCCACUCUCCCAAGCAGAAUAACGCUGCCCCUAUCUGAGCAUUCGGAGCAGUCACAGUGCUCUCAGCUUCCUAUCACUGAAACCAAGAUGGAACUAGCAAAUGAGGCUGAUGACGUAAUGGAGGCUGUUGCUGAUUCACUGGACACUAAGGUCGAUCUUAAGCAUGAUAGUAAUGCUACAGAGGACCUCAGUAAUCUAGUGGACUCUAAGGAUGACGAAAAAAUGGACGUGAUUGUGGACAAGACAACAACUCUCACUAAUAAAGAUGUCUAGUAGCUUUGUUGGUGAAAAGAAUAUAAUUAUAGUGCAUGGACAAACAAAUCUAACAAUUAAUACUGCAGAUUGCAGAAGCUGCCAGAAAGGAUUGUAUGCAUGUGUGACUGAAUUUAAGUUUAGCAUAAUUAUAUCUAGAGUACAAAAUUAGUGUGUUUAGCAUAUACGUAUAAUAUAGAGCGUAAA